CAGAUUUAAAACGCCGCAAAAAUGCACUACAUGCUUUUCUGCAGUGCUUCCAUUGAAGUCUAAAGAACCAAAAAUGCAACUUUUUGUGUUCAUAAAAGUCCCUGACCCUUUCCAAAAAACGCACUGGGCAGAUUUAAGAUGCAAAAGGCAUCAAAAAACAAGGCUAAAAUGCCUAAACAAAUGCAUCAAAAACCCACUACAUGCUUUUCUGCAGCAUUUCCAUUGUAGUCUUUCAAAAAAGUCCCUGCCCCUUUCCAAAAAACACACCAGGUGAAAAC